CUGUCGCUCUUCUUGUCAGCAGCACCAGCGCGUGAAGCGCGGAGUCAGUAGUUCAAAGGGCAGGGGAUCAUUAAUAAUAUCCACCGAUGGAAAUCUUUUACUCGGUAUGUGUAGUUUAAGGUAAGUUUUGCGAUUCAAUACAAUACGUUCUUCUUAUACAGAUUAUUAAACCUCUCCGCGCGCCUGUUACAUCACUACAAAAUGCUUCAUCUGAUCGCCGGACUCAUAUGCGUCUAUGGACUGACGUGUGUAAAAAUUGUCUAUGGACAAAAUGAAAAAGGUGAGCGUUUUCUAUGCACUGCAGUCCCCAUUGACAAGGAUACAAGUUGCCCCGUGCAGUCUCUGCCUUUUCAAAGCUCAUCGGUCCAAGAGGAGGAACUGAGAAACACGGUCAUGCAACUUCGCGAGAUAAUUUUACAGCAGAAGGAGACAAUUGUCAACCAGUUAGGAACAAUUAAAGAGUUGACGUCUAAACUGUCACGAUGCGAGUCUGACUCUGAAACAUUUAGGAAAAUUAAUAAGGACACAAUGGAUGAUGUGCCUAAAGAUCCAAAUGACACCAUUGACGUUCUUGGAAAAACAAUGCAGGGUCUGAAGGAUCGACUGGAAAACCUAGAGCAACAGCAAAUGCGAGCCAAUAUCUCUGGUGGCUCCUUCCCUAAUGAGCUGAGAAAUCUACUGCAGCGUAGACUGGAGGACUUGGAGAAUCAACUGCUGAAGAAGGUCAAUGAGCUCGAGGAUGAGAAGUCCCAGCUAUACAAUGAGACAGUCGCUCAUCGCCAGCGCACGGACAAUACCCUCAACUCUCUCAUGAACAGGAUCUCUGAACUGGAGAAAGGUGGAGCUGGAUUCAAAUCACCAGAGAAUUUCAAAAUCUCUCUUCCUCUUCGCACAAAUUACCUUUUUGGACAAGUAAAGAAAAGCCUACCAGAAAUGUACGCCUUCACUGUCUGCAUGUGGCUCAAGUCCGGUUCGAGCCCGGGCAUUGGAACCCCGUUUUCCUACGGAGUGCCUGGACAGGCAAAUGAGAUCGUACUGAUCGAAUGGGGCCAUAACCCCAUAGAACUGCUCAUCAAUGACAAGGUGGUGCAACUACCUCUAUCACUGAGCGAUGGGAGGUGGCACCAUGUCUGCAUCACUUGGACUACCAGGGAUGGGCUUUGGGAAGCCUACCAGGAUGGCCAAAGAUUGGGUUCAGGAGACAAUCUGGCCCCCUGGCACCCUAUCAAGCCUGGAGGAGUCCUCAUCCUGGGCCAAGAGCAGGAUGUAGUAGGGGGGCGCUUUGAUGCCACCCAGGCCUUUGUGGGGGAGCUGAGCCAUUUUAACAUCUGGGAUCGGGUCCUGCGCUCCACGGAUAUCAUUGCCAUGUCAAACUGCUCAUCCUACAUGCCUGGGAAUGUGGUGGCCUGGACCGACAGUAACAUCGAGGUGUUUGGAGGAGCCUCAAAGUGGCCGCUGGAGCUAUGCGAAGACCGGCUAUUUGACAAUUAAAAGUGUUUGUGGAUAUUUGUGAGCGAUAUGAUAUCCUUUUCAUCCUCAAAGAAGAUUUAUCUUCAUCAUUCAAACAAGAAGUAGCAAAUAGUUCUAAGAAUAAUCAACAAUAUAUUUAAAUAUUUUUGGAGAGAUUACAACAUACAGAUAAAUGUAACAUUUCAGUUAUUAUAUUCUGUUGACAAAUUUGUGGCUUAAGGAAAUUGGCAUUACAGAAAGUAUUGUAUCAGAUGGUAUGGUACUCUGAUAAAUACCAUGUAAAUGAAUGAUCAUCAUGUUUAUGAACCAUGUAUUUACAUGAUACUCCAUGGUACAUGUCACCUUGUUGGUUUACAGAAAAGCACACACACACGCUUAUCCUGUUAGAAUAUAGCUGCGUUAAGCCCAAGUCACGUUUCAUUACUAAGUUUUUGAUUUGAAGAACAAGCUCAUGUAUUAUAUAGGAAGAUUGUGUGCUUCUGCUUCACAAGUCAAAAGUCUGAAAUUUAGACUUUGGUGAGGGAGACCACAUUUAAGAUUACUUUUACAGUUAGCCUGUUUAGCAUU